UGUUUCCUUUAUGCCCUGACAGUUGGAUAGAAGUCUUUCGGGCCAGGAAAGGUGUUGGAUCCCACGCAAACAUUUCUCUGCCGGCUUGCUAGACCACAGCGUCGGCGAGACCGAAGAGGACAUCAAACCUAGAGUGGUGGUGGCUGAAUCACCUAGUCGCUACUUGAUGUGCCAUGUUUUCUUGUGAUAUUUGUGGUGAAACAGUAACCUCAGAACCGGACAUAAAAGCACACCUCCUAAUUGCUCACAUGGAAAAUGAAGUUACAUGUCCAUUUUGCAAAUUAUCAGGUGUAAAUUAUGAAGAAAUGUGUUUUCAUAUUGAAACUGCUCAUUUUGAACAAAAUGAACUAGAAAGAAACUAUGAGGCGAUCAGUACAGUACAGUAUGGAACAUCAGAUAACAAGGAUGGCACCCUGCAUCGCAGAACAGAAGUUAAUUCAAGUAGUCAUUCAGCUUGUGCAUCUAAUCAUGCAAAACUUUCAGCUCAAAUCUUGCCUAAGGAUGGUACUUCAAAGCAUACAGCCAUUUAUUCUGAAAACAUAACUGAAUCUAGGAAAUUUUCAAAAAGUAAGGAAAAACAGUGUGACCUAUCCCAAAUAAAAGAAUCAGUUUAUGGAACAAUGUAUAGUCCUCCCGAAUGUCCGUUCUGUGGAAAAAUAGAAGAUUGCAGUAAAGAUAUGGAAACUCAUAUGAAAACAAAUCAUGCAGAUCUCUUAGAUACUCCCUUAGAAGACUGUGACCAGCCACUGUAUGACUGCCCGAUGUGUGGACUCCUCUGUACAAAUUACCACAUUCUACAGGAACAUGUGGAUUUGCAUUUGGAAGAAAGCAACUUUGGUCAAGGCAUGAAUAGAGUCCCAUGUUCAAGUGAUCUGCAGUUGGCUCACCAACUUCAAGAAGAAGAAGACAGAAAAAGGAGAUCUGAAGAAUCACGACAAGAAAUGGAAGAAUUUCAGAAGCUGCAGAGGCAGUAUGGCUUAGAUAAUUCAGGAGGAUAUAAACAACAGCAACUACGAAAUAUGGAGCUAGAAGUAAACAGGGGAAGAAUGCAUCCGUCUGAAUUUCAUAGAAGAAAAGCUGAUAUGAUGGAAUCAUUGGCUGUUGGUAUUGAUGAUGGAAAAACAAAAACUUCUGGAAUUAUUGAAGCUCUUUAUCGGUAUUAUCAGAAUGCUGCCACAGAUGUGAGGCGUGUGUGGCUUUCUGCAGUAGUGGAUCAUUUUCAUUCAUCAUUUGGUGACAAAGGCUGGGGUUGUGGUUACAGAAACUUCCAAAUGCUACUUUCAUCAUUACUACAAAAUGACGCUUAUGCUGACUGCUUGAAAGGUAUGUCAGUUCCUUGUAUUCCAAAAAUUCAGUCUAUGAUUGAAGAUGCUUGGAAGGAAGGUUUUGAUCCUCAGGGUGCUUGUCAACUUAAUAACAAGUUACAGGGAACAAAAGCCUGGAUUGGAGCAUGUGAAGUAUAUACACUACUGACCUCCCUAAGGGUAAAAUGCCGUAUCGUUGAUUUUCACAAAUCAACGGGACCUUUGGGUACACACCCUCGUUUAUUUGAAUGGAUAUUGAACUAUUAUUCUUCAGAGAGAGAAGGAACUCCAAAAGUAGUGUGUACAUUCAAACCUCCUAUCUAUCUUCAGCAUCAAGGUCAUAGUCGAACUGUUGUUGGAAUUGAAGAGAGGAAAAACCGAACAUUGUGUUUAUUAAUAUUUGAUCCUGGGUGUCCUUCUCGAGAAAUGCAGAAACUACUAAAGCCAGAUAUGGAGGCUAGCAGUAUCAAGCAACUUCGGAAAUUUGUAGGAAAUUUAAAACAUAAGCAAUACCAGAUAGUGGCAGUAGAGGGUAUUCUUUCUCCAGAGGAAAAAGUUGCCAGAAGACAAGCUUCUCAAGUCUUUACAUCUGAGAAGAUUCCUUGAAGAAUUAGCAUUCCAGUGGUUAUAGAUUUUAUUUUCUAAACUCUGAUGAAUCACCUUAUAAUUUAAUUUCUAAAAUGUCAGUAUUAUGCUCUUAAUACCUGAUUGUUCAGUAAUUGAUUGAAUAAAAUAUUUGCAUUGUGGGUAUUAUAUUUCUUUUUAUUUUCUUAAAGAGAGUUUAUUUCGUUGAUGGCUUGUUAAAAUGAUUACAGUUGUUUUAACUUUCAUGAUUUUUAUGUAAAAAGUUAACACACCUUCAUAACCAUGAAUGAUCCUAAGACCUCAAUCCCUGCCUUUAGGUAACUCGUACUCCAACUCUACUUUUCCUUCAUUUUUUGAUAAUCAUUCAUUAUCUAAAUAAAGAUUCGUAUA